AAGUCUGACAGGUUAAGUAGGUAACUAACCAGUUACUCGUGACCUUUCGAUGUUAGAGUGGCGUCAUACAGGACGGUACGUCCAAACCUCAUCCUUUUGAUAUGUUGACGAGCCCAGUACAAAUAUUGAAGGAAAUCCUAGAUGCUAAGCAGCAUAGGAUGAUAGUAUAGCCUACUUACAAGCCUCAGGGUCUUCUUGCGAUCAGCGUCGCUUUCUAAAUACCAAGUUCCCCCGGAUCGCCUUACUCUUACUUUAGGCCACCACAAAGUGCAUCUCAAUGGCGUGGUAUUGCUCUGGCUCAACCAAUGCGGAACUGGUUGAUAAUCUCUUCAAGGCGGGAUUGGUAAAGAAUGAAAGAGUAAAAAAUGCUAUGUUGGGGGUUGAUCGAGCCCAUUAUGCACCCUCAAGGCCUUACUCGGACUCCCCACAACCUAUUGGGUAUGGUGCGACAAUCUCCGCUCCCCACAUGCACGGUCAUGCAUGCGAGUACCUCAUCGACUUCCUCAGGCCGGGUUCGCGGGUACUCGAUAUUGGCUCGGGUUCUGGAUAUCUGACCCAUGUCCUCGCAAACCUUGUUACAGAUCCCUCUGUACCUGAUGACUUAAAUGGCCACGUUAUUGGAAUUGAUCAUAUACCAGAACUUGUUGACUUGGCUGAUAAGAAUAUGCACAAGUCGGACCAAGGCCGCAAAUUGCUAGAUACAGGAAAGGUGAAGUUUAUUAUUGCUGACGGCCGUUUGGGAUGGCAAGAGGGAGCACCGUAUGAUGCUAUCCACGUUGGUGCAGCGGCGGAAAAGCUCCACCCGGCAUUGAUCGCGCAACUCCGUGCCCCAGGCCGAAUGUUUAUCCCCGUUGACACGGAGUGUGACGGGAGUGCUCGUGGAUUCGGCGGCGGCCAAUACAUUUGGGUAGUGGACAAGAGGGUGGACGGGUCAGUCCACAAGGAAAAGGUGUUCCAGGUUAGCUAUGUUCCGCUGACCGACCCGCCAAAGAAGUAAACAAACAGUUGGAUAUAAUGUCCUUUUCACGUUCUACAUAAGCAAUGAAAGUGACCUUGACUUAACUAUGUGGAAGACUGCCGGCAUUCGAGUUUACAUGGAUAGUAUCACAAAAGUCCAGAGCAUUUUCGCCGAGAUUAUAGCAAUAGUUAUGAUCUGAUUGCUUUGAAGUUUUGAGCUUAGUG